AUGGCGUGUCAGGCCGUUCCCACGGUGAAUACGUCCGACUUCACUGUGCAGUUUGAUACUGAGAAGAAGACGUGGACAAUGGCUUGGAAAUGGCGAGACGGAGCUGAGCCAACACACCUCAACAACAAUGUGCCAGGGUACGCCGUGCCUGAGGAGAGCCGAAGCGAGUAUGAGGAAGAAUUGAAGGUGUGGAUUGAGAACGGCUGGCUCACACCGUAUGAAGAAGACGUUCACGGACCACCGCGCGGACUGAUUCCACUGAUGGCUGUGAUACAAGGCAACAAGUCGAAGGUCAGGCCAGUCAUGGACUACCGUGAGCUGAACAGUUACGUGCCCGCUCACACCUCCGAUGCAGACGUUUGUGCGGACACGCUAAGGAGGUGGCGCCGACACGGACAAAACCUGGCCGUGGUGGACCUAAAGCGGGCAUAUCUACAACUGAGGACGGAUCCGAGCCUCUGGCCCUUCCAGACCGUGAUGGUUGACGGGACACGGUAUGCUUUGACCAGGGUCGGGUUCGGUCUCAAUAUCGCGCCGCUAGUUAUGAAGGCGGUGGUGCGUGCGGUCCUGUGCCAAGACGCAGAUAUACAGCGUGCGACGAUCCCGUACGUGGAUGACCUCUGCGUGAACGAAGAUAUCGUCAGCGCAGACCGAGUGGUGGAACACUUCGCAGCUUACGGCCUGGAGUGUAAGCCACCAGAGCGCGCUGCAGAUGGAGCUCGAAUGCUUGGUUUGCGCGUCAGGGCUGUGGCAGGAGCGCUGCAGUGGAAAAGAGACAACGAGGUCGGCGAGCCACCUGAAGUUGUCACUCGGCGAUCGGUCUUCUCGUGGUGCGGCCGAUUGGUGGCACACCUGCCCGUGUGUGGGUGGCUGAGACCAGCGGCUGCAUGGCUAAAGCGCCGCGCCAACGCGGUGACGAGUGGCUGGGAUGACGUCACAAGGGACCCGAUGCUGCUGGAUCAGCUCCAGUAUGUAGCGGAGCGGCUGGUCAGUGAUGACCCUGCGCGCGGUCGCUGGAGCGUUCAGGGCGAGAGCGCUGUGAUUUGGACUGACGCCAGUUCUGUCGCUGCCGGAGUCGUCCUCGAGACACCAGACGGGCACACCAUCGAGGACGCCUGCUGGCUGCGGCGGGACGAGACAGCUCAUAUCAACAUGGCUGAACUCGACGCAGCCUUGCGAGGUCUCAACUUGGCAGUAGCUUGGAACAUGAACAAGGUCGAACUGAAGACAGAUUCGUCAACGGUUUACCGCUGGAUCAGUGACGCUCUCAAUGGUCGCGCACGGCUCCGGACUAAAGCCCAAGGAGAGAUGCUGAUCCGACGCCGGGUAGAUACCAUCCGGCAGAUCGUGGAAGAGUUGCACAUCGAACUCACAGUAACGCUGGUGCGGUCGGCAGAGAACAAGGCGGACUGCAUCAGCCGAGUGCCCGCUGCGUGGCUGCGGGAGCCGGACAGUUCACCGGAGCCCGUCUGCGCGGCAGCCGGGGCAGACGGUGUAACGGGAGUGAGCACAGGUUCCGAGGCCAGUGGCGCAGAUGGCGGCGAGGCGACGAGCCUACACUCGGCUAUCAGAGACGUGCACGCUCGAGCCGGUCACCCAGGGAUAAGGCGCACGCUAUAUUUCUCGCGCCGUGAUGUUUCUCCGACAGUGACCCGGAAGGACGCGCGUGCGGUGGUCACACAGUGUGAUGUGUGCAGAUCCAUUGACCCGGCGCCGGUGAAGUGGCGACACGGCGUACUCAGCGUCAAGGAGACAUGGUCCCGUCUGGCCAUUGACAUCACUCAUUUCCGAGGUCAGCUCUAUCUCACAGCUGUUGACUGUGGACCGUCUCGGUUCAGUCUGUGGCGGCGGCUGCGGCGGGCUGACACCGCACACGUGACUGAGGAGCUGGAUCAAAUCUUCAGCGAGCGCGGAGCCGUCGAAGAAGUCCUGGCAGACAACGACACGGCUUUUCGAAGUCGAGAGUUUUCAGCCUUCAUGUCCAGCUGGGGAUUUCUUGUCAUGUUGGAGUCUGUCUUCAGGAUCCAGCAGUUCUUGGAGUUCCUGUUCAAUCUGUAG